UCACGAUAUAAAGGUUGAUCAAGCCAUCACCUCUGUUGCAAACAAGCUUGCAAGUGUGCGAAGCUCUUCAAGCUCCAGGACGACACAGGAACAAUGGCCGAUCAGUCCGAGGCGCCCGGUUCCUCGACCCAGCUUCCUAUGCGCCAGCGCGUCACCGAAUAUAUCAAGGGCCUUCAGAACGCGAUCGUGGCCGAGCUGGAAACUAUCGAGGGUUCAGGAAAGCGUUUUAAACGGGAUCAGUGGGAGAGGAAGGAAGGCGGGGGAGGGAUAUCGUGCACGUUCGCGGAGCCAGAAAGCGUCAUCGAGAAGGCGGGUGUCAACAUCUCGAUGAUCGAGGGAACGCUCUCUGCGGCAGCACUUAAGCAGCUCUGCAAAGAACACUCUUCACUGGCCUACGACCCCGACAGCAAUGCCAGCCGCCCGUUCUUCGCAGGUGGCAUCAGCCUCAUCGUCCACCCGAGGAACCCAAACGCGCCAACCGUCCACAUGAAUUACCGUUACUUCGAGGUCACCGAGCCCGAAGACACGAACAGUGUCAUCGGCUGGUGGUUCGGAGGCAUCACGGACCUGACGCCGUCGUAUCUCUUCGAAGAAGACUGCAUACACUUCCACCAAACCCUCAAGGACAUGUGCGACACAUACGACGACAAGAUGUACCCCGUCCUCAAAAAGUCGUGCGACGGAUACUUCUACAUCAAGCACCGGGACGAGCACCGAGGGAUCGGAGGCAUCCGGUUCGACGACCUCAACGACGAGCUGAACGCGGCCUUGUGCGGCGGACUGGCGGAGGUGCAGCGCAGGUCUUACACGGCCGAGGAGCAGUUCAAGAUGGUGCAGUCCCUCGGCGACGCGUUCCUCCCGUCGUACAUCCCGAUCCUGAGGCGGCGGGUCGACAUGCCGCACGGCGAGCGCCAGCGCAGGUGGCAGCUUAUACGCCGCGGGCGGUACGUCGAGUUCAACCUCGUCAUCGACCGUGGGACCAAGUUCGGGCUUGCGACGCCCGGCGUGCGGAUUGAGAACGUGCUGAUGAGCUUGCCGGAGACGGCGAGCUGGGAGUAUAUGAGCGAGCUGGGCGAGGAGGAGGGGACGCCUGAGGCGGAGGCGAUGGUUGUGCUGAGGAAGCCUAAAGAGUGGGCUGCGUAGAAAAAGAGAAGUGUUGGGUUCUGACAUAUAACAAUGUAAUGUACGAUAUUGACAUAUUUGAAGUCUUGUAGUUUUGAAAGUUGC